AAAGAUAUUCGCCAGCUUGCUCCAACUAAUUAAUACCUUCUCCUCCAGCAUAUAAGGAGCUAAAAAUGCUCUCUUUUACUCAAACCACACCCUCGAAUUAGGUGAUUUUCCCUUCUUCUUCUUCUUCUUCAAUUCAAUAGCACACUGAAAUAUAAUCUUCGAGUCGAAGUUUACAAAAAUGGCCUCUAAUUGGACAACAAAGCAAAACAAGAGGUUCGAGGAGGCUUUGGUCAUGUACGACAAGGGCACUAGUUCCGAAAGAUUGCAAAACAUAGCCAAAUAUGUUGGUGGGAAAUCAGUAGAGGAAGUUAGAAGGCAUUAUGAUCUCCUUGUUAAGGAUAUAACCCAAAUUGAAAAUGGUCAAGUCCCUUUGCCUAAUUACAGGACUACUACUACAGCAGAAACCAAUGCUAGAGGAAGAUAUGCUAAUGAACAGAGGCUUCUGAAGAAUCUAUCUCUACAGUGAGAAGAAACUUGGACUAUACUCAACAGUCAACACGCAACACCAUAUAUCCAAAUAUCUUUAAAAAAUUCCAAAAAUGUGGAUCCUUAAUUGUAAAUUCAUGUUUAAGCGUUUUCUAUCUUCUGUUUUAAUUAAAUUGUUGCCAAUUAAGAGAGAAGGAAAUCAUGUGUAACUUCUGUCUUUCAAGUUUCAGCUACGUACCUUUGUUCCUGUUUAAGCUAUCAGCCUAUGAUAUAUAAAUUGAG